AUGGCGUCCCUACCGGCGCGUCGCAUACGAAACUUUAGCAUCAUCGCGCACAUCGAUCACGGGAAGUCCACGCUGGCGGACACGCUGCUGAUGCGGACGAAGACGGUGAAGGAGCGGGACAUGGUGAAGCAGGUUUUGGAUAGCAUGGACUUGGAGCGCGAGCGGGGGAUCACGAUCAAGCUGAACAGCGCGCGGAUGGAUUACGUGGCGAGCGACGGGGAGCUGUACGUGCUGAAUUUGAUCGAUACGCCGGGACACGUGGAUUUUUCGUACGAGGUGUCGAGAUCGUUGGCGGCGUGCGAGGGGGCGUUGCUCGUGGUGGACUCGAGCCAGGGCGUGGAGGCGCAGACGGUGGCGAACGUGUACUUGGCGCUGGAGAAUGAUUUGGAGAUUUUCACGGUGCUGAAUAAGAUUGAUUUGGCGGGGAGCGAACCGGAUCGGGUGAAACAGGAGAUCGAGGACGUGUUGGGGUUGGACGCGAGCGACGCGAUUUUGGCGAGCGCGAAGGCAAACAUCGGGAUGGACGACAUCUUGGAACGCAUCGUGCAGGUGGUGCCACCGCCUCGCGACACCGCGAACGAACCGCUUCGGGCGUUAAUCUUCGAUUCGUAUUUCGAUCCCUAUCGCGGUGUCGUCGCCGUGUUCCGAGUCAUGGACGGGACGAUGAAGACGGGGGACGCGAUGAAGAUGAUGGCCACGGGCGCGACUUUCGCUGCGGAUGAGAUCGGCAUCAUGCGUCCAGACAAGGUGCCGGUGAAAGAGCUCGGCCCUGGUGAGGUCGGCUACAUCAUCGGUGGCAUCAAGUCAGUCGCGGAUGCGCGCGUCGGGGACACGAUCACGCUCUCAAAGAAUCCCGCCGCCGAGGCGCUGCCGGGUUACUCAAAGUCGGUGCCGAUGGUGUUCGCGGGAAUCUUCCCCACCGAUACCGAUCGAUACGAUGACUUGCGCGAAUCUCUCCAACGGCUGCAAAUCAACGACUGCUCGCUGUCGUUUGAACCCGAGCAAAACAGCGCCAUGGGCACGGGCUUUCGCUGCGGUUUCCUCGGGUUGCUUCACAUGGAAAUCAUCCAAGAACGACUCGAGCGCGAGUAUGAUUUAGAUUUGAUCACCACCGCACCUUCGGUGGUUUACAACGUGUAUAGAACAGAUGGAACGAUGGAUUCGAUAUCCAAUCCGGCGGACUUGUGCCCGCCAGAGCUUCGCGAACGAAUCGAGGAACCGUACUGCAGAUUGGACAUGAUCGCCCCUUCGGAUUACGUGGGCACGCUCAUGGAACUUGCGAGCCAACGGCGUGGAGAGUUCAUCGACAUGACGUACCUUUCCGAGACGCGUACCUCAAUCAAGUACGACAUACCUUUGGCCGAGGUCGUCACGAAUUACUUCGACGACAUGAAGUCGCGUUCUCGCGGGUACGCCUCGAUGGAGUACGCCAUCACGGGGUACCGCCAGAGCGAUCUCGUGCGCUUGGACGUCUUGAUCAAUCAAGAGCCGGCCGAUCCGUUAGCGGUGAUCACGCACCGCGACAGGGCAUACAGCAUCGGACGUCAGCUCGUCGACAAGCUCAAAGAGCUCAUUCCCCGCCAAAUGUUUCGCAUUCCGAUUCAAGCCGCCAUCGGCAACAAAGUCAUCGCCGCCACUUCCAUCUCCGCGAUGCGCAAGGACGUCACCGCCAAGUGUUACGGCGGCGACAUCUCGCGCAAGAAAAAGCUGCUCAAAAAGCAAGCCGCGGGUAAAAAGCGCAUGAAGCAAUUCGGCAAGGUGGAAGUUCCUCAAGACGCGUUUUUAGCCGUCUUGAGCGUCGACGGCGCCGCGGAUUAA